CUGAGUGUGAAGGGCGGGCGGAAGUCUGGGAGCUGUCAGUGGAGGUGUCUGGACUCGUGCCCCUGUCCAGGUUUGAAACGGGGAACCUCGGCUAAUUUAGCUCGCAGGCAACUGGCAAGCUCUGAGCUCCCGGAGCUCCAGGAGCGGCAUCAUUUGUAGACGUUCAGAGCCCUGUCCAUUGAGCAGUUGCAGCAACAGCCAUAGCGGCAGCGCUGGGGCUCUGUAUAGAAACUCCGCCCCUACUUGCCCGUGUGCCCGCCGCUACCCCAGAGUCAGAAGCAGGUCAUCUUGGUAGAUCUAGGGCUCUGAAAAUGUUUCCUUUGAAGGAUGCUGAAAUGGGUGCCUUUACCUUCUUUGCCUCGGCUCUGCCCCAUGAUGUUUGUGGAAGCAACGGGCUUCCUCUCACACCAAAUUCCAUCAAAAUUUUAGGACGCUUUCAAAUCCUUAAGACCAUCACUCACCCCAGACUGUGCCAGUAUGUGGAUAUUUCUAGGGGAAAACAUGAGAGACUGGUGGUGGUAGCUGAGCACUGUGAACGGAGUCUGGAAGACUUGCUUCGAGAAAGGAAACCUGUGAGCUUUUCAAAAGUUUUGUGCAUAGCAUUUGAGGUACUUCAGGGCUUGCAGUAUAUGAACAAACAUGGUAUAGUACAUCGUGCACUGUCUCCUCAUAAUAUCCUUUUGGACCGAAAGGGGCAUAUUAAAUUGGCUAAAUUUGGACUUUAUCACAUGACUGCUCAUGGUGAUGAUGUUGAUUUCCCAAUAGGGUAUCCAUCAUACUUGGCACCCGAAGUAAUUGCUCAAGGAAUUUUCAAAACCAUUGAUCAUAUGCCAAGUGAAAAACCAUUGCCUUCUGGCCCCAAAUCCGAUGUAUGGUCUCUUGGAAUCAUUUUAUUUGAGCUUUGUAUGGGCAGAAAAUUAUUUCAGAGCUUGGAUAUUUCUGAAAGACUAAAAUUUUUGCUAACAUUGGACUGCAUUGAUGACACUAUAAUAGUUCUGGCUGAAGAGCAUGGUUGUCUGGACAUUAUAAAGGAGCUUCCUGAAAAUGUGAUAAAUCUUUUGAAGAAAUGUCUCACCUUCCAUCCUUCCAAGAGGCCAACCCCAGAUGAAUUAAUGCAGGACAAGUUGUUCAGUGAAGUAUCACCUUUAUACACCCCCUUUACCAAACCUGCCAGUCUGUUUUCAUCUUCUCUGAGAUGUGCUGAUUUAACUCUGCCUGAGGAUAUCAGUCAGCUGUGGAAAGAUAUAAACAGUGAUUUCCUGGCAGAAAGAUCUAUUGAAGAAGUAUAUUACCUUUGGUGUUUGGCUGGAGGGGAUUUGGAGAAAGAGCUUGUGAACAAGGAGAUCAUUCGGUCCAAACCACCUAUCUGCACACUCCCCAAUUUUCUUUUUGAAGAUGGUGAGAGCUUUGGGCAAGGUCGAGAUAGAAGUUCACUUUUAGAUGAUACCACUGUGACAUUGUCUUUGUGUCAGCUAAGAAAUAGAUUAAAAGAUGUUGGUGGAGAAGCGUUUUACCCAUUACUUGAAGAUGACCAGUCUAAUUUACCUCAUUCAAACAGCAGUAAUGAGUUGUCUGCAGCUGCCACUCUCCCUUUAAUCAUCCGAGAGAGGGACACAGAGUACCAACUAAACAGAAUUAUUCUCUUUGACAGGCUGCUAAAGGCUUAUCCAUAUAAAAAAAAUCAAAUCUGGAAAGAAGCAAGAGUUGACAUUCCUCCUCUCAUGAGAGGUUUAACCUGGGCUGCUCUUUUGGGAGUUGAGGGGGCUAUUCAUGCCAAGUAUGAUGCAAUUGAUAAAGACACUCCAAUUCCUACAGAUAGACAAAUUGAAGUGGAUAUUCCUCGUUGUCAUCAAUAUGAUGAACUGUUAUCGUCACCAGAAGGUCAUGCAAAAUUUAGGCGUGUAUUAAAAGCCUGGGUAGUAUCUCAUCCUGAUCUUGUGUAUUGGCAAGGGCUUGACUCACUUUGUGCUCCCUUCCUGUAUUUAAAUUUCAAUAACGAAGCCUUGGCUUAUGCAUGUAUGUCUGCUUUUAUUCCCAAAUACCUAUUUAACUUCUUCUUGAAAGACAACUCACAUGUCAUACAAGAGUAUCUCACUGUGUUUUCUCAGAUGAUUGCAUUCCAUGAUCCAGAGUUGAGUAAUCAUCUCAAUGAGAUUGGCUUUAUUCCAGAUCUCUAUGCCAUCCCCUGGUUUCUCACCAUGUUUACCCAUGUAUUUCCACUGCACAAAAUUUUUCACCUCUGGGAUACCUUACUGCUUGGGAAUUCCUCUUUCCCGUUCUGUAUUGGAGUAGCAAUUCUUCAGCAGCUGCGGGACCGGCUUUUGGCUAAUGGUUUUAAUGAGUGCAUUCUCCUCUUCUCUGAUUUACCAGAAAUUGACAUUGAACGCUGUGUACGAGAAUCAAUCAACCUGUUUUGUUGGACUCCUAAAAGUGCUACAUAUAGACAGCAUGCUCAGCCUCCAAAGCCAACUUCUGACAGCAGUGGAGUCAGAAGUUCAACAUCUUAUUUCUCUUCCGAGGGUCCAGAUCCUCCAAAGACAGAUCUGUUUUUAUAUGUUUUUCAGUCAAGAGAAUCCAUCCCUUUAAAUGACCUAAAGUCAGAAGUGUCACCCCGGAUUUCAGCAGAGGACCUGAUUGACUUGUGUGAACUCACAGUGACAGGCCAUUUCAAAACACCCACCAAGAAAACAAAGUCCAGUAAACCAAAGCUCCUGGUGGUUGACAUCCGAAAUAGUGAAGAUUUUAUUCGGGGCCACAUUUCAGGCAGUGUCAACAUUCCAUUCAGCACAGCAUUCACUGCAGAAGGGGAGCUUACCCAGGGCCCUUGUACUUCUAUGCUCCAGAGCUUCAAAGGGAAGGUCAUUGUCAUCGUGGGACAUGUGGCAAAACAUACAGCUGAGUUUGCAGCUCAUCUUGUGAAGAUGAAAUAUCCAAGAAUCUGUAUUCUAGAUGGUGGCAUUAGUAAGCUCAAGCCCACAGGCCUCCUCACUGUCCCAUCUCCUCAAAUUUGAAGGGCCAGGAGUACGACUGUCAAAAGGAAAGAAUGGCAUCAGUACCAAACAGCACAGCUCUUCACAGCCUUGCCACUCUUGGAACUAGACAUGCAAAUUGUUGAAUUUCCAUAAAGCGUUUGUUGUGAGACAAUUUUUUUAAAUCUCAUGGCCCAAAUAUUCAACUUUCCAGGCAACAAACUUGACUGUACAUGUAUUGCUGAAAAAAUUUUCUUAGCAGUGAAAUCCGAGCAUGCAUUUUUACCACACUGCCACACAAAUACAGAGGAAUUCAGUUGACAGGUUAAAUUUAGCAAUAUCAAGAAAUCCCAGUUGCACUGAAAAAGCCACCCUUCAUUGCACUGAACAGACAGUCCUGACAAAGGUAUUAUUUAGAAAUACAGACUGAAUGUGGGCUGAAAUCAUCUUUCCAGGAUAAUGAUAAGCAAAAAGCAUUUCAUUCCUUAUAAUACAUACAUACAUUAAAAUACGUUCCUUAUGAAUAAAUGCUACAUUUGUAGCUCUUUUUUGGUCCAGACAAGGGGUGUGUGUGUGUGUGUGUGUGUGUGUGUGUGUUUAGAGGUAGCCGAGUUUUGCCCAUUGCAACAAGUGGAAAUAGGUAACCUCCAGAAAAAUAACAAGCCACAAACCAUUCAUUUUAGAUAGAGUAUUCAUUCAUCUCCUGUAGCAGAAAAACCCAAAAUAAGAGUGGCUUUAACAAACUAGAAAUUUAUUUCUCUCUCACAUAAAAUUCUGCAUGACCAGUCCAGAGCUAGCAUAUUGGGUUCAUAAUCAUUAAGAACUUAGAUACCUUCUCCCAUUGCUUUACCACCCUCAAUGCAUGGCUUCCAUCUCAUGGAUCAAGAUGGCUGCUCAGAUCUCACCAUUACAUCACAGUCUAGAAGUAAAAGAAGGAUGAAGGGGGAAAAAGAGAAGGAAAGAAAUCAGGAGAGAGAAAAGGAAGGAGAGAGGGGAAGUGAUGUUCCUUCCUUUUAAAGGCACAAACCAGAAACUGCACACAUUACUUCUGCUUACAUACCAUUGGCUAGAACUUAGACACACGGCCACAUCUAGCUGCAAGGAAAUCUGGGAGUGGAGUCCUUAGCUGGAUGGCCGUGUACCCAGCUAAAAGUCCUGCUUCUUUGUGGGAAGAGAACACAUAUUGAGGGAGAGCUAGAAGCCUCUGCCAUGUCAUUCUAAAAAGUAAGUAUUGUACUUCAUUGAAUCUAAAAGAUCACUAAGAGCCCCAUUUUAUGUAUCAUGAAGAAAAGAAAAAAGGUAAUCAUAUACAGUGGUACCUCAAUACUCAUCAUUAAUUGGUUCCAGGAGGCAUGAUGAUACCAAAAACAAGUACCAAACAAAUUUUUCCCAUAAGGAAUAAUGUAAAUAAAUUUAAUGCAUUCCCAAACCAAAGACAAUGCCCAUUUUUAAGGGAAUAUGUAAAAAUAUAUGGUUGCAUAUCAUUACUUUACAUGAGAAAUAAACCUAAAAAUUAAUACUUAGAAUAAUAAAAUAAAACCUUCACUUUACCUGUACUAAAUAAAAUAAAACCUCACUUUACCAAGGUCUAGUGGGAUGGUGGGGGGAGAGUGGUGAAGAGGAGAGGUUACAUGGAACGUUGCUUGGAAAGAGAAUCCCCCUCCAAUAGAAAAGCAGGCACUUGCCCUUCAGAUGUUCUUUCUCUCUUCUGCCUUUUUUUGACUUGCACCACAAGAUCUGAAACACUCUUUGUCACCUUCACUAAAAACUUAUCCAAUGAGGACUGCUUCUGUCUUCUUUUCGGAUUUCCUUGAAAAUGUGAAAUUGUUUGGUCAUUCAAUAAAUUCAUAUUUAUGCUUGUCA